GUCGCCAGCCGUGCCGACGCAGCCCCGGCCGCCAGCCCCGUGGCCAGGGAGGCCGCCACCCGGCCCGGGCGGACUGGCUUGCGCCAUGGAAGAAGCGCGGCGGAGGCGUUAAGGGCGCUUGCCUGGGCGCGAAGGCAAAGCGGACCAAAGGCGAGAAGCCGGAGCGGGGGAGAGAUGAGCGGCGGCGGUAGUGGCGGCGCUCCUUCGGGGCCGGGCUCCGGCUCAGCGCCCUGCCGCUUCGCCCACUACUUUGUGCUGUGCGGGAUCGACGCCGACAGCGGCUUGGAGCCGGAUGAAUUAGCUGUCUUAUACCAGUGGCUAGAAGCCGACCGCCAUGGCAGGAAUUCAGAUACUACAAAAAGAACAUCAGGAGAAAAUUUUGACCAGAGUCCCUUGAGAAGAACUUUCAAGUCGAAAGUCUUGGCUCACUAUCCCCAAAACAUAGAAUGGAACCCCUUUGAUCAAGAUGCCGUCAACAUGCUAUGUAUGCCCAAAGGGCUGUCCUUCAGGACUCAGUCAGACCUCAGAGAUCCCCAGUUCCAUUCGUUCAUCAUUACUCGGGAAGAUGGGUCCCGCACUUACGGAUUUGUACUCACGUUUUUUGAGGAGGUCACGAGCAAGCAGAUCUGCGCAGCCAUGCAAACGCUUUAUCAGAUGCACAACGCGGAGCAAUGCAACAGCGUCUGUGCCUCGUCGUCAUGCAGCAUGGACUCUCUGGCCAGCAGCCUGGAUGAAGGAGACUCCACGUCCCUGGCCAAAAUGCAGCGCUGCAACUCGUACGACAUCAACAGGGACACACUGUAUGUUUCCAAGUGUAUAUGUGUCAUUGCUCCCCUGCCUUUCAUGCAAGCCUGCAAGAAAUUCCUCAUCCAGCUUUACAAAGCAGUCACUUGUCAGCAACCCCCACCUUUGCCUCUGGAAAGCUACAUACAUAACAUUCUUUAUGAAGUACCCCUUCCGCCCCCAGGAAGGUCCCUCAAAUUCUAUGGGGUUUAUGAGCCUAUUGUCUGCCAGAGACCAGGCCCCAAUGAACUCCCCCUCUAUGACUAUGCUCUCCGGGAAGCCUUUGAGCUGCUGGGCUUGGAGAAUCUUAUUCAGGUGUUUACAUGCGUCCUCCUAGAAAUGCAGAUUCUUCUUUAUUCUCAAGACUAUCAGCGUCUGAUGACCGUUGCCGAAGGGAUCACCACUCUGCUAUUCCCAUUCCAGUGGCAACACGUGUAUGUCCCCAUCCUCCCAGCCUCACUCUUACAUUUCCUGGAUGCUCCCGUACCUUACUUGAUGGGCCUCCAAUCCAAAGAGGGAACAGAUCGUUCUAAGCUGGAACUUCCUCAAGAGGCCAACCUGUGUUUUGUGGAUAUUGAUAAUCACUUCAUUGAGCUACCAGAAGAGCUUCCUCAGUUCCCCAAUAAGCCGAAUUUCAUCCAAGAAAUCUCAGAGGUUCUCCUUCAGUUUGGGGUUCCCCUCGAAGGUCGUCAUCAUUGUAGUGAGAGUGCGGCCAAGUUAAAAAACCUUGUCCUUAACGACUUGGCCAAUGACAAAAAGAACGGAAACGUGCCCAGCAACACCAUCAACGUCUAUGAGCUGCUCAAAGGCAACGAGACAAUCGCCCGCCUCCACGCUUUGGCAAAGAGGACAGGAGUGGCAGUAGACAAAAUGGCUAUUACUGCUUCUUUGGCAGAAAAAGAAACGGAUGUUAAACGCCACUGUGAUGAACAAGAACUGAAGGACUACAAGCUGAAUGUCCAACUCCGGGAGGUCUUCGCCAACCGCUUCAUGCAGAUGUUUUCUGAUUAUGAGGCCUUUGUCAUUCAAGCGGCACAGGACAGGGAAUCCUGGCUGACCAACAGGGAACAGAUGCAGAAUUUUGACAAAGCUUCAUUUCUCUCAGAUCAACCAGAGCCUUACCUUCCUUUCCUCUCCCACUUCAUUGAAACCCAAAUGUUUGCAACAUUCAUUGACAAUAAAAUUAUGUCCCAAUGGGAAGAAAAAGACCCAUUUCUGCGAGUGUUUGACUCUCGAAUUGAAAAAAUGAGACACUAUGUCAGGAUUCCCUCAUUAAGAACAUCGACAUACCAGAAAUGCACCACAUUAAAAGAAGCAGCUCAGGCAAUUGAACAACGACUGAUAAAGAUGGAUCACGCUGCAAUUCAUCCACAUUUGCUUGAUAUGAAGAUAGGUCAAGGCAAAUACGAGCAAGGUUUCUUCCCCAAACUUCAAUCAGAUGUGUUGACAGCUGGGCCUAUCAAUAACAAUCGGUGGGUGAGUCGCAGUACUACUGCCCAACGAAGGAAAGACCGUAUUCGACAACAUUCGGAACACAUUGCCUUGGACAAUGAGUUAAGGGAGAAAUACAUGCAAGAAGCAAGGACCUUGGGGAAAAAUCACAGGCAACCCAAACUCUCUGAUCUUUCUCCUGCUGUAAUUGCUCAGACAAAUUCAAAAUUUGUAGAAGGUUUGCUCAAAGAAUGUCGAAUGAAGACCAAACGUAUGCUAGUAGAGAAGAUGGGCCACGAAGCAGUGGAACUUGGCCACGGAGAGGCCAACAUCACAGGGCUAGAAGAGAAUACACUGAUUGCUAGUCUUUGUGAUUUGCUGGAAAGAAUUUGGAGCCAUGGAUUACUGAUCAAACAGGGGAAAUCUGCAUUGUGGUCCCAUUUAAUUCAGUACCAGGAAAGAGAAGAGAAGCAGGAGCAGCUUGCAGAAUCUCCAGUUGCUGUUGGACCAGAAAGAAGGAAAUCUGACAUGGGUCUUAUGUUACCUACUUUAAGAGUUUCACUUAUCAGUGAUAUGAGGCACAUUCAGAACAUGAGUGAAAUAAAAACUGAUGUGGGUCGGGCUCGGGCAUGGAUAAGACUGUCUCUUGAAAAGAAGCUCUUAUCCCAACAUCUCAAACAGCUCCUCUCUAAUCAAGCUCUGGCAAAGAAACUGUACAAGCGGUAUGCCUUCCUGCGUUGUGAAGAAGAACGGGAACAAUUUCUCUAUCACCUUCUUUCUCUCAAUGCUGUGAAUUACUUCUGCUUUACAAGUGUCUUCACUACCAUCAUGAUUCCAUAUAGAACUGUGAUUAUCCCCAUUAAAAAGCUAAGCAACGUAAUCACCACAUCAAACCCUUGGAUUUGUGUUUCUGGAGAACUGGGUGAUACUGGCAUUAUGCAGAUUCCAAAGAACUUGUUAGAAAUGACCUUUGAGUGUCAAAACCUGGGAAAGCUAACCACAGUUCAGAUAGGACAUGACAAUUCUGGACUGUUAGCCAAGUGGCUCGUGGAUUGUGUCAUGGUCAGGAAUGAAAUCACUGGGCACACCUACAAGUUCCCUUGUGGAAGAUGGUUGGGAAAAGGUGUUGACGAUGGAAGCUUGGAACGGAUACUCAUUGGAGAGUUAUUACCAUCAUCAUCCGAAGAAGAUUUGGGGAAACAGUGCCGGACUCCACCUCAACAAAAAUCCCCAACUAUGGCCCGAAAAUUGAGCAUCACUUCCCUCACCGGGAAGAAUAUAAAACCUAAUGCAGGUCAGAUCCAAGAAGGCAUAGGGGAAGCUGUGAACAAUAUUGUGAAACAUUUCCAUAAGCCUGAAAAAGAGCGGGGAAGCCUUACCGUUCUUCUGUGUGGGGAAAAUGGCCUGGUGAUGGCAUUGGAGCAGGUUUUCCACCAUGGUUUCAAGUCCGCACGUAUCUUCCACAAGAACGUCUUCAUUUGGGACUUCAUAGAAAAAGCUGUUGCCUAUUUCGAGAUGACUGACCAGAUUGAAGACAAUGAAGACAAUGUCCUUCUUCAAAAAUCCUCUCGCAAAACCUUUUGCCACUACGUCAGUGCCAUCAAUACUGCUCCGCGGAACAUAGGGAAGGAUGGCAAAUUCCAAAUUCUUGUUUGCUUUGGAACGCGGGACCAUUUGCUUGCCCAGUGGAUUCCGUUACUGGCGGAAUGUCCUCUGCUUAGUCGGAUGUAUGAAGAAAACGCUCUUCUGCGCGAUCGCAUGAUGGUCAACUCCCUUAUCCGAGUCUUACAGGCACUGCAGGACUUCAACAUUGUCUUGGAAGGGUCACUCAUCAAAGGGGUGGAUGUGUAACCUUGCAGAACAAUUUUUGUCUCUCCCUCUCACACUUUCUCUCCUUUCCUUGGCAAACGAAACAUACCGCAUGGGCAGAAAUCUGUAAAAAUGCAAUUGUGUUGGUGAUCCUAUCCCGCUCUGUGUGUAGAUCGGCUUGUUGGUAAAUGGGAAGUGGCUGUGACAAGACUUGCACAUGCCUCGUAUUUUUACUCUGCCCCAACGCUGCAAAGGAGCUCAGCUAUAGUAUCAUAGUUUUCAAAUGAGAGGUUUUGUACAAAAGAGUAUUUUCAUGUGUUGACUGUGUGUAAAUAGGCUGUCUUCCUUUAGAAAUGCUAAUUUUUUUUUCUUAGAAUCAGUGUUCUAGAGCCAGGGGUGAGGGGAAUGUAGCUUAAAAUAACUUUGUAGGGGAAGGGAGGAAGUAUUACUUGCGCAUAAGGGGGGGGGAACCACUUCAUGUUGUAAAUAUUGUACAAAUGUAGUGGGGGGUAAGGAGGUUGUGUUGCAAAGGUAGCCACUGCUGAACCUCUUGCGUGAGUCUAUGUUGUUUGCCGCUUCCUUGUAUAUGUUGAUCUCUUGUUAUGCCAUUUACUGUAGAUUCAAACUUUUUUUUUGUCUGUGCACUGAAUCAUCUCCAGGACAUAGAGAUUCUUCAUCUUCCUGAUGGAUCUUGUCCGUCAGCUCAAGGAAUCGGGUUUUUUUUUAACCCUGAGCAAUCCUUGUACCACGAACAGGAAGAUGUUUUAGAAAUUUUGCCACUGGAGAUGAUAACAAUGGAAGAAAAACAGUAUUAUAAUUGUGAUUGUUAAUUAUAUUUUCAAUUUCCUCCCUUUGCUCAUUUUAGGCUCACAAUGCUUCUUCCAUAUUACUUUCCUAAAAGAGUAGAAAGAAAACUUGGAAGAAAUGUGAUGCUUUGCCAUCAGCAAUUUAGGUAGAGUUCCUUCAAAUAAUUUUGGAUAAAGACUGCAAUAAGCCAUGCUUCAUUCUAAACCCCGUUUGUUGUAUUGAGUUUGAAUUAGCCUUGCAGAAGUGCAAAACAGGCUUAUUUUACCUGGUUUGUUUAUUUUGCUGUUCUUGCACUGUGCCGAUUGAUUUGGAUAAAAACAAACCAGGAAUAAGCCAGGAAAAAAACCAUACCAUGCAGGCUUAUUAACAUUCCAAACCACAGUAAGAGUAAUAAAAAUACCCUAAAUUAACUACCAUUUAGCCCCCAACUCACUGGCAUGUAAUGACAACCCAAAACCAAAUCAUAAUGCAUUUAAGCAACGUAUGCAGCUCAGCUCAUAAACCUGUGUCUAUUCCCUCUCCUCUCCUGUAUCUCGAAAAGUUCGCACAUUGCUUAUUAUAUUGGACGACUUUCCCAUUUGAUGGUGUGCUCAUAUUUCUGCUCAGAUUCCUCGCAUGAACAAGAACCUUGCUGCAAAAAUUGUAGAUAAGACCCCACCCACAUCUGGUUUUUAUAUAGAAAUGGCUUUCUAAGCAGAACAGACUUAAUGUUGAAAGCCGGUAAGUUACAUUACUGUACCUGUGUGGUUUGGGAACUAGUUCUCCAUUGCUCCUUAACACACCAUUCAAAGAUAAGGAACAUAUAGUCACUGGGGAAGACGCAAUGGUAGCACAGAAAAUGGACUGAAAUGUAAUUUCUCCCAUGUAAUCCUAGCAUUCACAGGUUACCCCGGGAGACAUAUACAAGUGGAUAAAAUUCAUCGCAAGGGGGAUUUCACAAGCGGAAUGUGAAACUGGCUUUUGAAGGCCAGCAACUUCAAAUCCAACCGGGAGGUGUAAAAAAUAUCUCCACAUAGCUUCCGCAGGAAGAAAGCAAGAGUCCAAUUAUUCCUUACUAUGAACUUUAUCCCAGUGAUUGGAAACAAGAUCUUGAAAUACCACAAGGAACCCCAGGUAGAGUAAUAUUGAUGCCGAGCAGGUGUGUCUAUGACAUGGCAUAUUUGUCCAAUGAGCUAAGAUGCAAUCCUAAUUAAAGCUGAUGAGAAGGGUAUUAUGUCAUUUUUCCUUAUUUGAUACGUGUGUACUUUUCACAAUUAAGCUUUUGAAAAUUCAGCUCUUGGCUUCAACCUUCCCAUAAGCAGAGAAUAAUUGUAAUUUCGUAUCCAGUCCCUCACCUUACCUCGAAGAGACAGACUUCGGACUGUGAUUCUAUUUAAUCUCCAUUUCAGCUUUUUGUUUAAUGGCCUUUUGUUUAAUGCCUCAAAAAUGGGGAUCUAGACCCAGAUACAGAAAAGGAUCCAGAUGGAGAAAAGGAAUAGAGGCUGUCAAAAAUACAGAUGACAUGUUUUGUUUUUCUGGAUGCCAAGGUUUGUUUUCAAUAGUAUGGCAUUAAAAAAAAAAAAGGCUAAUGCUACUUGGGUGACUCCAUUCAUUCCAGAUGAACCAGGAGCGAACUAGAUUGCUGAACAGAUUUCUGCCCCAUUUUUGCAUCCGUGGGUCUUGUUUGUAAAUCCUUUCCUGCUGACAGGAUGUAAACAAUGUUAAAUGCAUUAUGCUCGAAAGUCACAUCUUCCCUCAUAUGUCAUGCUCACUAUCUUCCCUGACAUAGUUUUGUUUCACAGCAUAUGAAUGGUGUGCAAGGAACAUUAUGUACAGUAUGUUCUUUUUAGGCAAUAAAGUACUGUAUAACUAUGUAGUAUUAUUACAGCCUUGAGGUAUUUUUGAAGCAUGGGAUUGAGCUCUAAUAGAUUAGUCUGUUUGAUGACUUCAGGAGUGCAGUUUUUGGUGACUUCUUACCUAUAGUGUGCAACUUUUCCCCUCCUUUAAACAGGCAGCACUGAUCACUUGGGCCCGAGUGAUUUGGUCUGUCAAACAUUCAGAAAUCAUGAAGAUGUACUUCUCAAAAUGGCGAAGAUCACGCUUUCUAAAAUUUAGCACAUCCUAUUCAUAUCAGUGUUAACCGGUUAUUCGUUUAUAGAAGCUGAAUAUUUAAAAUUACCAAAGCUUUCUGUUAACUUACAAAGUAAAAGGAAGAACGCUAUGUUUUUUCUAGUAUUGCUAUGCUAGCAUAGUUUAAAAAAAAAUACCAGAGAAAACAGAAUACAAUUGAGAAGUGGAUUAAUAUGUAACCAUAAUGAAAUUGUUUUAAUUGCAAACUUUGCCACUGCAACCCAUUUGCUCAAAAGCUAAGUUUCACUGUGUUAAAUGAGACUUACCUCUGAGUGAAGAAUUUUGGGUUUGUGCUGUUAAUUGUCUCUUCUGAAUAUGUUUUAAGAAUAUGCUUGUGGUUAUUUCAUUGAUAUACACCUUCCUCCCCAAGCAAGUGUCUAUCACAUAAGGAAAUGUUGUGUGUUAAACUUGAAAUGUACAAAAUACCUGGUGUACUUACUAAAUAUUUCAUUUUCCUCAACCAUUGUUUCUUUGGAAUAUGUUGCUAUUUUAUCUUUCACAUUAGGAGAUUAAUCAGGAUUGGAUAAUAUUCAGGAAAUGAAUAUUGGUUGAAAAGUAUUGUUAUUUCAAGCACUUUAGCAUACAUAUCACAGACUGAAGCGGGUUUGUUUUUCUCCAGGGUUUGGAUUAAAACGAAAUGCAGCUUUUCAUGCAAUGGUCUUUACAAAUAAAACUGUGAGAAU